UUCCCCUCCCGUGGCGUCCGCUAAUUACGGGGGGGGGUCGAGCCUGCGAGAGCCACAACAUGCCUGUGCGAGCACCAAAACACGACUGUCAACAGCAGUUUUGCCCCACCCCGACACUGGCCAACGCGAAGGAGACGGCCGAUGGGCACGUGCUUAACGGCUCGCAACCCCUGGUCCUGACCCAGUCGCUCCAAGCCGUGGCCCUCCUGGUGCAAGGCCCGUCUGGCACAAGCAAGACCAAGACCGUAGCCGCAGCCAUGAAUCUGUGGGUGGCCUGUGUACUCCCUGGCUGGGCGGUCGGUCUAUUUGCUGGAUCAGUCAAGGUCGCGGACAUAAAGGCCCAGGGGGCUGGUCGCCUCAGCUCAGCCACCGACUACGUACCCCAACUCCGCAAUGCGCCGGGCGCGUGAAGACAAAGGCACCUGCGCAGAAACCCGGAUCUGACCCCAGCGAGGAAGUUCCUGGCAGCAAAGGGUUAUCACCCGUUCGGGGGAGGGUGUGGCCCCAAGCCUUUCAACAAAUUCAGGAAAAAGCUGCUGAGUGAGGCCAGGCUCACCACUCGCGAACUCGCAGCGAACCGCUGCCCAAAGGUCCUGCUGCACAUCCUGGACGAGGCCGGACAGUCUAGGAAGGCCCUGGCCGCUUUCUCCCUGAGACUCCUGGGACGGGCAGGCGGCCUGGCUAUCAUCGUAGGCGACGAAAGACAGCUGAGCCCCGAGGUCAUCUCGACGCGCGCGUCCACCAUGGGCCUGCCCAUCUCUGUCAUGCAGCUGUUCCCCGAUCGCUGGGCCCAACGAAGGCUUCAACAUCCUCUUGGCUGAGUGUCGAUGCACCCCAACAUCCUGUAAUGGGCGCCCCAAUGCUUCUAUGGAAGGAAUCAAUUUCGGGCCUUGCCGACCCGAUGAGGAACCGGCAAUUUAUCCAUGGCCCCCGCCUGGCGAACGGCACGGAGUACGGGAUGGCGACUACAUAUGCGUCCUCCUUGUCCACGACGACUCCCACGAGGUCACAUCGGGCCACGCCGAGGGCUUCUGCAACAUCCGGGAGGCGGCUACCAUCUGCGAUCUGGUCGCAGCAUGCGAAGGGCACCUACUUCAGGCCUGGCGGAUGGUCAGGAUGGCCUGCGGCUGCAAAAUUAUGCCCUGUUGGCGCGGAAAAGGCUAGCCUUUAUCCGCCGUAGUCUUCCAGGCGGCCUAUGGCCCAGACUGGGUCGAAGGGCCUGAUCUACAGUUACGACGUGGCAGACCUGGUCAUCCUCGCCACCACCCGUGCCAACAGCAGCCACGCAUGGGGGUUCCUGAACGACCGGCACCAGAUCAACGUUGCCUACACUAGGAGCAAGGCGGGCAUCGAAGCUGUCGGUCACGGCAAAAUGUUCCACGCCGCCUCCGACUCGAAGUUGAAUGUCCUGGCACGCUGGGGCCUGGACGCUGGGCUCUGGCUCCGGUUCGCCAGCCCUGAAGCGGCUGGCAACCGGUCCAUGGCUACCGAGGCCGGCCAUGGACCGGUUGCCUACCUCCCUCCAUGGCUCUGGGUCCACGACGAGGCCCCGAAGGAGGGUGCCGAGAGGAUCGAGGCGGAGCGCGCACGGAAGGCCAAAGAAACGUUGCCACCGAAGGUGCGGAACCAGCAAGAGCUCAGCUUCGCCGCCCUGGCAGACAGCCCCCUGCCCGAGGACAACAAAUGCGAUCACCUGGCUGAGAACCUGAAAUGGCUGGUGCUCGGUUGCUGACGGACCCAGCCCUGGCGCCAGUGUUCCAUUACGUCAUGGGCCUGCGCCCACUCGUGCACGGCCCUGCAGGCGACGCCCCAAUUGACCUUGCUGAGCGCUGCCUCAAACUUUCCAGCCACGACGGCUUCCUGACCGACCUGGAGAUGAGUCUAGACCCGACAACUGGGUGUACGCGGCCACGUGGGCUGUCCUGCUGUGCCUGGCAGACCCCCCCCCGCAGGCGACGACAGCACGGCCAUCCAGGAAGAGCACCUUCCACUGGAGGCGGUCUGCCGGAUGAGACACGGCCCAGGGAAACGGUAGGCACGAACCCAGGAAACGUGAGGCACGAACCCAAGAAACGAGUGAGGCACGAACCCAGGAAACGGGAACGACGACCCAGGGAAUCCAGGAAGGCGCGAUUCGGGGAAACCAUUAGCAGGACCAUC